AAACCUAAACUGCAUGACCAAAUUACAAGUUCUAGAAAAUCUAUUGUCAAAAAAGGAAAAUCUCUUAUUCAACAUCCUAUUGACUCUCAAGUUGCAAUGAGUGAGUUUCCAGCAGCUCAGCCAUUAUAUGAUGAACAAUCUUUGAAUUUGUCCAAAAAGGAAGUACUGGAUCUCUUUGAAAAAAUGAUGGAGGACAUGAACCUUAAUGAAGAAUGAAAAGUUCCUUCGUGAAACAUUUUACUGCCAAACGUGAGAUGGUUUUCCAGUGUAUUUCUGCCACGGCCAAAUCUGGAGGGCUGAGAAACAGCAAACACGAAUGCACCCUGUCUUCACAAGAAUAUGUUCAUGAAUUACAUUCUGGUAUUUCAGAUGGGAAACUUCUGAACUGCCUAGAAUCCCUGAGAGUUUUGUGAACCAGCAAUCCUGUCAUCAUCCUGUGGUAGAACCUAGCACUUAAGUUCCCCUGAAAUUACUAUUGAAUGGCUGACUGUGUGAAUCAAUGAAUCUUUGAGAAGUGACUAGAGAAGAACUUGUAGCAUUCAGGAAAGAAGGAGGACAAACAUUAGUAAAAAUACACUUUCAAAAAAUUGGCAGGAAAGGCUUGAGAUUGCAAGUGGGGCUUUGAAAAUAUUGUACAGCAACUAAGAGCACACCACAAAGAGUCAUGGGAUCUGGCAAGAACCUGGCAGGUCCUGAUUGGCUGGAGGCAGCUGCCUUCUGGAAGCUGAUUGGCUCCACGGCUAACCUGAGGUGUUUGUGUCAUCAAAAGCCAGACAUUCUGUUGUAGCACUCUGUUGAACUCUGAGCCAGUCUGUAGAAUCCACCGACAAGAGCUAAACAUCUGCCUGCCUCAUCUGCCUGAACUGUCAUUAAGACAGAUAUGAGUGCAUUUGGGAGCUUUGGCAGCUCCUCUGCUGUGGAUGGAGCCAGAGGAAGCAACAACCAACCCUAUGAAGGAAGCACGGCUCCUACUGCUACAGCCUGAAGGUCCAAGGCUCGGAUUCAGGACAUUAUACCUUGUGUAAACCAGCUGCCCACCUCCACUAGGGUGGAUAAAGUGUUCAAGAUUAGGGGAAUUGCAAUUUCCCAGGUCUCUAUGUGUAGGAAUAAUCAGACAGGCAGAGUGGACUACCACACUAUGUUCUUUACAAAAUAGACGAUAUGACCUCGAAGCCCAUCGAGGUCUGGCAGUGGGUUUGCAGAGAUAAAGCAAAGCACGGGCUGACUCUAAUUCCAGUUGGAGUUUGUGCCAAAGUGUUUGGUAUCCUCAAAUUUUCCUCCAGAAGAAAGAGCCUUGAGGUAUUGAAGAUCCAGGUCCUGGAGGACAUGAACAAGUUCACCACACAUAUUCUGGAAAUGGUUGAUGCACACAUGAUACUGGAUAAAGCUCACCAUGCAGCCAUUAGGGAAAGUGUGCCUGUCUCCCCACUAGGAAUGGAUGAUGCCAGAGAUUAUGGCGAAUACCGCCUCAGCUUCAUUCAGAAGGAAGUGCUGCGUUUGAUUCACAAGUGCCCUCGACCUGAAGGAAAGAGCCUUCGGGAGCUCCAGAACGAGCUUCGCAGCCUUUCAGGGCCAUCAAGCAAGCAAUUGAUUACCUGACCAUCGAGGGCCAUAUCUAUUCCACUGUGGAUGAGGAGCAUUUUAAAUCCACUGACUGAGGCAGCUAAAACAUUUUUUUUCCCCCAGAAGACCCCUGCCUCUAGCUGUGAGUAAUUUUGACCUGUUGAGUUUAUGGAAGUAGAAUUUUUCAAUGAAAGUUCUCAACUGGCAUCCUUUUGAAACUCUCUGCUUUCCAACUGUCUUUAAACUUUUUUUUUUUAACUGUAUUUGAAGCCCAAGGGGAGACGGCGAUGGAUGAAUUGACUGGACUUUUUGUAGUAAUUACCAGCACGUUAGUAAAAAUGCUCCAUGAUGGGUGAAUUUGAGGAAGAAAAGGUACAGAAUGUUGAAAAUUAUUAAAUUGUGUGGGGGCUUCUUUUUUCCAAAAUAUAUAUCUAUUAGGAGAAAAUAGAUGCAUUCAGGGAGGCAGCCAAGAGACAGAAAAAACAAGUUUAUUUUGUUUUCCUUGACUUAUUUCAUGCAUCUUUGGAUAGCCUGUUACAUUCAUGUUGUUAUCUCUUGCUAAAUACAGUAAUUGAUUAAUUUAAAUGUGCUAAAGGUUUUCAUGAAUUCAAAUGUGCUAGAGUAAUUGGUUAUUCAAAUGUCCAGUUCAAGGGUUUAUGGAGUGAUUUGCUCUUAUCACCAUAGGUGUAUGUGAUUGUAUUGUUUUAUUUAUGACAUCUAUUUUUAAAUAACUACUUCAUUUUAGGCAAGGUAAUCUUUCAAUAUUUUUUCUUAAUAUGUGAUGUUCAAUGAUUAUUUGAAAUACAGUGUGAUGUGUGCAUUAAAUUAUAAUUUAUUGUAGUGGCAAUGUACAUGGAUGCUAGGCUUUUUGUAAGUUCGAUGUUUUGGUGUAUUAUCUAUACUACUAAAUGCUUUGUUUUGUAUAUUACAGGAUAUUAUUCUUAUAGAUUA